UCCAUCUCCAUCUCCCACCUGAUCGUAGCUCUAUAAAUCCUUGCAGCUGAUCAACAGUCCCUAGAAAUCCAAGACCGUCAAACGCGGAGGCUGUGUGUGAGUGAGUGGAACUGAGACCAUUUAAUUCAAUGGACAUCAUUUAAAAAAAAUGUUUUUGUUUGUUUAUUUAUUAAGGGAAAGCGAUAGACCGUAAUCUGCAGUACAACGCUUUGAAGGUUAAACGUGCCCAUAUCUGGAGAAGUGUCCAGUUCCGAAGUGGUUAUCAGCAUUGAUUUUGUCUUCUAUAUCGUUUCUGGGAUUGUUUCUUGCCGUGAUAGCACGGGGAAGGCACUAGAGGACUAAGCUAUCCGGUGCUAACACAUGCGCCAGCCUUUGGAAGGGAGCUGUCCAGUGCUGAACUUGCAUUUCUCUUACAGCGAAACGCGCCGUUGCAGAACAGCAGCGACCAAGCAAAAAGAGCGAAGCUUUGCGUCUCCGUGUGCUGGUAUUUGAACCACGCCAUAGACAGCCGUUCGUUUGUGAAAUAGACUGCAUCUGCGUUGCAUGAAGAAAGAAAUAAUCCGUACUGGAAGAGUGUUUUGGGGGGCAACGUCAAAAACAUGCCAAGGUCUUUUCUAGUUAAAAAGGUUAAGCUCGAUGAUUUCUCGACUACUGAUCUCGAAAGUUCUUAUGGUAGAUCGAGGACCGACUUCAGUCUCCGGCUUCAUGAAAAAGGAUACAUUAGCGACUACAUCAACCCCUCCGUAUAUGAUGGAGAGAGCGACAGCGCCAUUAAAGUGCCGUCUCCUGAGCCUCUAUAUGACGGUAUGGCCAGUGAUUACGGGGCACCGGACUCGGACCAGCCCGACAGCCCCCAGUCUGAGAUCACAUCUGGUUACAUCAACGGGGACAACGCAGUGAGUGAAGGGUAUGCAGUUGAUGCGUUUUUCAUCACGGACGGAAGGUCACGGAGGAAAGUCAUCAGCAGUUCGAGGACCAUACAGCGCCACACGUGCAACGAGUGCGGAAAAACCUACGCUACGUCUUCCAACCUGAGCCGACACAAGCAGACCCAUCGGAGCCUGGACAGCAAGAUGGCCAAAAAAUGUCCUACGUGUGGGAAGGUGUACGUCUCCAUGCCAGCAAUGGCCAUGCACCUGUUGACCCACGACCUCAAGCACAAGUGUGACAUAUGUGGCAAAGCUUUUAGUCGACCUUGGCUCUUGCAGGGCCAUAUGAGGUCACACACCGGUGAGAAGCCCUUUGGAUGCGCACACUGCGGAAAAGCGUUUGCGGAUCGUUCGAACCUCCGCGCGCACAUGCAGACGCACUCUGCUUUCAAGCACUUCAAGUGCAAACGGUGCAACAAGACAUUCGCACUGAAGUCCUACCUGAACAAGCACUACGAGUCUGCCUGCUUUAAAGGGGCGUUCUCGCCUCUGAGUCCACUUGAAGCAUGACUUCCUUAUUCAGGACUUUAAUUAUCUCCUAGAAACACAACGAUAGCACAAAUUUCUCGACUUUCUUCAAUAAUGAACUAAGGAAAAUUAUCUUCGCAUGAACUUUGAAAAAAAAGGUUAUUUUUUUCUCCAGUUGCAUCUCUAUAAUGCAACUUUAGAACAUAAAUAUAAUAUGUUUUUGCCUAAACUCAGUGAAGACUAUGUCUAUUUGUUUCUCAAAAAGGUAAAACAUUUUCCUGUUACUGGAUAACACUGUACCACUGCAAGUGACUACACAAGUAUUCAACACUGAGGUAAAACAAAUUUAUUUAUUUAUUUAUUUAUUUAUUUAUUUAUUUAUUUAUUUAUUUAUUUAGCUAUUUAGCUAUUUAGUUACUUACUAACGUACUUUUACUUACUUAUUAUUUAGCUUAUUUGCCCAUCCUUUUUUAAGCCAAGUGAAACUUUUAUUUGGACUUCAUAUAUUUUUUCCAACCCCUUAAUCAUUAAUAAGCCAAAGCAUUUGUCGCUUUUUGAAUAAUUAUUCUCUUUUGUGUUACAGCCAUUUUGAAAUUCUUGCAUGCAAAAAAGAGAAAAAAAUCUAUGCCAAUUUUUACAGAGCUUUUAAUUUAGCCAAAAUCUAGAUAAUUUCUAGGGGGCAAUAUUUCUUGGGAGUCUCAUGAGAAACUAGAGCAAUAAUAACUCAAUGCAUGGUACUUUUACAAUUAAACAAUAAUACCAGUUUUAAAAAAUCAGGUAUGGUAAACCCGGUACUCAUAUUAAUCAAACAGAAUAACAACAUCAGGGAAAAUGCCAGAAUAGUGUUAGAAUAUAAUGAUUAGCUAAAAAAGAAUUAAGUAAAAUCCUUCCUUUGGUAUAUGGUUAUGCACUGCCUGCCUCUUAAUGUAGUUUUAGGACAUAGGCUUGUUGUGCUGGAUGUUCAGCUCCAAGCGGUUCAGAACAUUUUUUCCAAAUCUGCGGAUCAUUCACCGGGGAAAAAUAUGGGCACCCCUCCCCCCCCCCCCCCUCCCCCACCCUGUUAUUUAUGGCUGGAUGGAAUGGGACAGAAUGCGGGGUGAGGGGGGGUGGGGAGGGGUGGGGAAUCAUCUUCUGCGGGCCAGACUAUUUGCACUGUUUUCAGACUACUGCACGUGAUUUACCAUUUUAGCCACGUGAAAGUCCCACAGAUUUGUUUUUCAAGCACUUCGUUUUAGAUAUUUCUGACUUUACAGAGUAGCACAAAAAUCACUUAUACAUUCAGGUAGAAGAAACUUAUAUUAGCUCGACCUUUGUUUCUUUUUUGUAUCAGAAAUUGAAAAUGGGGAAAACAAAUAAUAAAAUGAAAAAAAAAAAACUACCAUUGCAAGAAAACUUGUAAAUAAACCCACUGGAAUUUAAGAUUUUUACAAUUGUAAAAAAUUAAAUGACCUUAUUUCCAGAUAUUUCUGGGGAGGGUGAGGCAUCCUGUAGAUUUUUUGAGCCAGUAUUUGAAUGAUGUAAGCACAAUGACGCCAGACAUUUUAUCGCACUUCAUAAUAAAGAAUAAAUAAAUAAAACCCUGCUUCCAGCUCAUUUGUUUCAAUUCAGGCCAAUGUACUGUAGGCCUACACCUUAUUAAAUGCAGAGACGUGGCAGUUUUCAGUAGAAAGCAGGUCCAAACAAGUAAUUAAGAGUGAAAUAGGCAUGCAACUGUUAUGCAAUGCUUAUGCUUUGUAGUUACUGGAACUACUGAGCUACACUUACCCAUCUGCUUGAAUUUCUAAAGUUAUGGGGUUCACUUUGAUCAAAGCAUGCAAUCCAUUUGGGUUUGCUGAUUUGUGAACAACACAAAAAAGAAAGCAAAUAUAAAUGUAAAUCUUGAACAGAUAUUCACUCAGAGCUACAGUAAAACAUGUUGCUGGUCAAACAGGGUUGUCAUUAUCACCAGUUAUUAUAAUACAAACAUAUACAUUAUUACAGAGAUUAUCAUCAACACUUCACCUGGUGGUGUACUUUGGUCACGGGGGAGCAAAUUUGCCAUGUGCAAACUGUGUGUUCAAACAUGUUGAUGAGAAUACAUUGCAUUAUAUUACAUUGCAAUGUUUUCACGGACUCUAUUACCCAGAGCAGCGUACGGAAGUACAAAACAACAUAGUUACCUGUGGCUGCUGUACAAAAGUAGUGUAAAUAUCACCAUGAAUAUCAAGAGCAAUUGUAUGCCUUUGCUGCAUUGACAUUGAUUUAUUAAUGUUGGGCCUCGCAUUUAUGCCUUUCUAUGGAUAAUGGUCGACGCUCAGGGUAAAUAAUAGGUAGAGCCCUGCUUUUUUCAGAUUUUCCAGCCUGCAGUUCAGUUGACAUCCAUUAGGUGUCUCUGUAGCUACUGUAGAUGAAUACAUAACAAGGUAAUUGGCUCUGAUAAACCUAUGAUAAAUUAAAUUAAGAGAGACCAAUCAUAAUGAGUUUGAUGCUAUCCAAAAAUUACUGUGCAAAAGGUAUGCAUUAUGAAGAAAGUUCUGACAAUGGAAGAAACAGCCCUUUAGUUAACAAGUCUUUAUUUUCCAUUUGGUGCACUGUCUGCACAAAGGUCACUGCAAUUUAUUUCAAUCGAACGUCAUGUUUUUUUUCUUUUCACAACACAACAUCAUGAAAGAGGAGCAGUUAAAAUAAUUGAGAUUCGUGAGUUCAAUUUCCAAACAUAAUGCAGUAAAUCACUCUUCUUAGUAUUUUAAUCAUUUGCUUAAAAAUAGCAAUUUGUAAGCCGCAAUGAUGAGUUCUUUAUUGUCACAUUUAAUUAAAAGUGGUUGAAUAAAAUGAAAAAAUUUGUCUGGUGAGAACUCUGAAUUGGUGAGAAUAACUGGUAUCAAUUCGUAUUCAUU